ACAAUUAGUCUUGAACAAUAUUCGCCUCGUUAUAGUGACCGUCACUGGGUUUAGACUGUAUCGUCUCGUUUGUUUACAUCAAGUAGCGUGUGCCAUGCUGCCAUCGUAACUUGACGGCCUUCCUAUUUCCACCACUGCUGCAAGAUGGACCGCCAGCUUGUGACUCAGGGAGCUGAAGGACGAGUGUAUGUUGGUGACUGGCUGAAUCACUCGGUUAUCAUCAAGCAGAGGUUUUCCAAGAAGUAUCGUCAUGUUGACUUAGACACUCACAUAACACAAGAACGCAUCAAAGCAGAAGCCCGAGCACUCACCAGAUGCCGUUCCUUGGGCAUCAGAACUCCAGCUGUUUAUGAUGUUAAUUUUGAUAAAAGGGAAAUAAUUUUGGAGAAUAUUACAAAUAGCAUUACUGUUAGAAAUUACAUCUAUGCAGCUGUUGAGAGAGAUCUCUCAAUGGACAAUAGGGAAAUUUUAAGCUUAGCAGAGAAAAUAGGUAAAGUAUUGGCUAAGAUGCACUCUAAUCAUAUAAUCCAUGGAGAUCUCACAACAUCAAACAUGUUGCUUAUUCAGCCAUACGAGUCAUCAGAGGUGAUUCUGAUUGACUUUGGUUUAAGUUCAGUUGAGGAGCGGGCAGAAGAUAAGGCUGUGGAUCUGUAUGUGUUGGAACGAGCUGUCCUCAGCACUCACCCAAAUACAGAGGCUUUUGUUUCAUGUUGUAUUUCUGCUUAUAAGAAAGCAGGUAGUAAUGCUGCAGAAGAUGUUGUCAAGCGCCUUGAUGAAGUUCGGACCAGAGGAAGGAAAAAGUUAUGUUUUGGUUGAAGAUUUUAUAGAUUGUGGUUUCAUACAUUUUCAUCCAACUAGGUACUGCCACUAUUAAUAUGUAUUUUGUAGCUCAUUACAGUCUUAUUAUUUGCCUAAAUUUGUUAUGUACCAAAUUAUUAUAAAAAUGUUCUCCAUA